UCUUGCAGGCUCUAGCUGUGUGUGUCCCUCUCCGCUGCUGUCUGGUGACUUCUUCUGUGUGAUGGCUGCUUUCUGAGGGGGGUCAGCGAGUGGAUUUAACACACACACGCUCUCUCUCUAGACAUUGGACACCUGAGGCAGGACUGUGGGAGGAGAAGAGGGCCACAAUGGCCAAGUACCACUGGCAGAGUCAGAAUGUGAAGCAGAGCGGCGUGGACGACAUGGUGCUGCUGUCCAAGAUCAACGAGGACGCCAUCGUGGAAAACCUCAAGAAGAGAUACAUGGACGACUACAUCUUUACCUACAUUGGCCCUGUGCUGAUUUCGGUCAACCCUUUCAAACAGAUGCCCUACUUCACUGACAGGGAAAUUGAACUCUACCAAGGAGCUGCCCAGUAUGAAAACCCUCCCCAUAUCUAUGCUCUGACUGAUAACAUGUACAGGAACAUGAUGAUUGACGGAGAGAAUCAAUGCGUUAUCAUUAGUGGUGAGAGUGGAGCUGGGAAGACAGUGGCUGCCAAGUAUAUCAUGGGCUACAUCUCUAAAGUAUCUGGGGGAGGAUCAAAAGUGCAGCAUGUAAAAGACAUCAUCCUACAGUCAAAUCCUCUGCUGGAAGCCUUUGGUAAUGCCAAGACCGUCCGCAAUAACAACUCCAGUCGUUUUGGUAAAUACUUUGAGAUCCAGUUUAGCAGAGGAGGAGAGCCAGAUGGAGGUAAAAUUUCCAACUUCCUGCUGGAGAAGUCAAGGGUGGUGAGCCAGAAUGAGAACGAGAGGAACUUCCACAUCUACUAUCAGCUGAUAGAGGGCGCCAACGCUCAGCAGAGGGAGGGCCUGGGCAUCAUGACCCCAGACUACUACUACUACCUCAACCAGUCUGGGACCUACAAGGUGGACGGAACCAACGACAGCAAAGACUUCCAGGAGACGAUGGAAGCCAUGCAGGUGAUCGGGAUCCCGCAGGACAUCCAGGCUCAGGUGCUGCAGAUCAUAGGAGGCAUCCUCCACCUGGGAAACAUCAGCUUCAUCGAGGCAGGCAACUACGGGCAGGUGGAGAGCACCGACUUGCUCGCUUUCCCUGCCUAUCUGCUGGGCAUCGACCACAAUCGUCUGCAGGACAAGCUGACCAGCCGGAAGAUGGACUCAAAGUGGGGAGGGAAGUCCGAGUCCAUCAACGUGACGCUGAACCAGGAGCAGGCCACCUACACACGGGACGCCCUGGCCAAGGCCCUCUACGCUCGACUCUUCGACUACCUGGUGGAGGCCAUAAAUAAAGCCAUCCAGAAACCCUAUGAAGAAUAUAGCAUCGGAGUACUUGACAUUUAUGGCUUUGAGAUAUUCCAGAAAAAUGGCUUUGAGCAGUUCUGCAUCAACUUUGUGAACGAGAAGCUGCAGCAAAUUUUUAUUGAGCUGACACUCAAGGCUGAGCAGGAAGAAUAUGUUCAGGAGGGUAUCAAGUGGACACCCAUUGAAUACUUCAACAACAAGAUUGUGUGUGACCUCAUUGAAAAUAAACUGAACCCUCCCGGUAUAAUGAGUGUGCUGGAUGAUGUGUGUGCCACCAUGCAUGCCAAGGGAGAGGGGGCAGAUGGCACCCUGCUGCAGAAACUGCAGGCUGCCGUGGGAACGCAUGAACAUUUCAACAGCUGGAACUCAGGCUUUGUCAUACACCACUACGCUGGCAAGGUGUCAUAUGAUGUCAUCGGCUUCUGUGAGAGAAACCGGGAUGUGCUGUUCCCCGACCUCAUUGAGCUCAUGCAGAGCAGUGAACACAACUUCAUCCGUAGCUUGUUUCCUGAAAACCUCAACACGGAUAAGAAAGGCAGGCCGACCACUGCCAGCUCCAAGAUCAAGAAACAAGCCAAUGAUUUAGUGAACACCUUGAUGAAGUGCACUCCUCACUAUAUCCGCUGCAUCAAACCCAACGAGACCAAGAGGCCCAAGGACUGGGAGGAGAGCAGGGUCAAGCAUCAGGUAGAAUACCUUGGGCUGCGGGAAAACAUACGCGUACGAAGAGCCGGCUUUGCCUAUCGCAGGAUCUUCCACAAGUUCCUGCAGAGGUAUGCCAUUCUGACUGCGGAGACGUGGCCGCAUUGGAGGGGUCCAGAGCAGCAGGGGGUCCUUCACCUCCUCCGGUCCGUCAACAUGGACAACGAUCAGUACCAGAUGGGACGCACCAAGGUCUUCGUCAAGAACCCUGAAUCGCUGUUCCUGCUGGAGGAGAUGAGGGAGAGGAAAUUUGACACUUUUGCCAGGACAAUCCAGAAAGCCUGGAGGAAAUACAUCGCCCGGAGGAAGUAUGAACAGAUGAGAGAGGAGGCCUCCGACAUCCUGUACAACUCCAAGGAGCGGAGGAAGAACAGCAUCAACAGGAACUUUGUGGGAGACUACCUGGGCCUGGAGCAGAGGCCGGAGCUGCGACAGUUCCUGGCCAAGAGGGAGCGCGUCGACUUUGCCGACUCGGUCAACAAGUUCGACCGCAGGUUCAAGUCUAUUAAGAGGGACCUGAUCCUGACCCCUAAGGGUAUCUAUCUGAUUGGCCGAGAGAAGGUGAAGAAGGGACCCGAGAAAGGACAAAUAAAAGAAGUGCUGAAACGAAAGCUGGAUUUUGGAAAUAUCAGUGGAGUUUCUCUGAGCACGAGGCAGGAUGAUUUCUUCAUCUUGCACGAGUCCCAGUAUGACAGUCUGCUGGAGUCCACCUUCAAGACAGAGUUCCUGAGUUUGCUCUGUAAACGCUACGAGGAGGUGACCAAGAGGAAACUGACUCUCUCCUUCAACGACAGACUGGAGUUCAGAGUGAAGAAGGAGGGCUGGGGUGGCGGAGGCUCCAGGGUGGUCACUUUCCAGAGGGGACAAGGAGACCUGGCUCAGGUCAAACCCGGAGGGAAGACCCUCACCAUCACAAUUGGGGAUGGUCUGCCCAAAACUUCCAAGCCAACCAGGAAGGGUGCUCCACAGUCUCGUGGAGGAGGGAGAAAUUUCCAAACCAACAGAGGCAACCAGAACGGAGCAGCCCAGUUUCCCAGAGGACGAGCCCCUCAUGCACCGUCAGACAUCACAUACAGCACCCCGCAGAGACAGCCACCUAGCACAGCCCUGCCCAAACUGGGCUCCCAGAGGGCCAACCGAGCCCCAGCUCCGAUCCACCAGCAGCAGGGGAACUUGGACUUCCUCAAUGUGCCUGACGAGGGCAUGUCAGGGAAACAGAGGAAAAGGAGCAUCAGUCAGCGGCCUCCCCCUGUUCCUAAACCCCAGCCCCGCCCUCAGGGGCCCCGCUGCCGGGCGCUGUAUCAGUAUGUCGGCCAGGACACUGACGAGAUCAGCUUCGACGCCAACGAUGUCAUCGACCUGCUCCGUGAAGAUCCAUCCGGAUGGUGGACAGGACGGAUUCGAGGGAGGGAGGGUCUCUUUCCUGGAAACUACGUGGAGAAGAUUUGACCAGGACUUCACCAGCACCGGGCCGGAGAGACUGAAUCAAAGAUAGGAUCAUGUGGGAUGCAGAAAUAGGAAGUAUUCAGGGCAGAUAACUGUUCUCAAUUCACUGGCGCAGGGUCAGCUGUGAACUAAUCUCAUUAAGUGAAUAUCUGCCAAAGCAUGUGCAGUUGGUUGGAAACAACACAUGCAGGGCUGUUCUCUGAAUUGUACACGAUUACAUGGUAGCUCUACAUCCAAAAACGCUAUGAAAAGAAGUUGCUGAGGGCUUGAUGUUGCUGACAUUUGAGACACAGGUAACUUGUUCGGCAACAUACUGUAUGAGCAGAGGAGAGGAUACGUUGCUGUGUUGGUCGUGAGCGUUAAAAAAAGAUAUCCUCUGCAGAACGCUGCUCAGGUUUCAUGUCUGUUGUUCUCUCAGUCUGUCCUGCUCUGAGUGACCCAGCGACAAGAUCUUUGACACCUCCCUGCUCGCAAAACACCUUGCUUUAAACCAUUGGCUCACUGAACUCAAACUCAGCUUGUGUUACAGCCGUAACAACAGACUGACCUUAUACGUUUUCUUGUGUUUACAGUAUGUGGAAUAUGCAAAAAGACAAAAGUGUUAAGGAAAAAAAUGGAAAUGUGUAGCUCACCAAGACCUAUUUCACAUGAAAACCAUAAACAAGUAUUGUACUUUUGUUCUCAUUUGAAACAAAAAACAUCCUGUAUUCAUGUUCUUGUGAUCAUUUUUUAUUCCUUCCAAAUAUUUUAAUCUCACCAAAUGAAGGCCAUUAUGUUUGUUUGUUUGUUUUUUUCAAUGACUUUUACACUGGAAUGGGUUUUUAUGGUAGUUUGUUAAAAAAUAAAUCAUUUGAAUAGUGUUAAUGUCUGCCAUUUUUUAUUCUUUUUUUAAUCUCUGGUUGAUUUUGUAAAAUAAUGUGAUUCUCUUGCAAUCAGCCAAUCAAUGUAAUAUGUUUUUUUAAUGAAUAACAAGA